AUGGAUGUGAAGAAACCCAAGAAGUGGAAGAAGAGGAAAAGCCUUAUUGUGCAGAAGAGAGAUCAUCAUAGCUACAAGCGGAAGAAAGAGACUCAAGAUGCUGGGCCGAGUCAAAGGGAGUUCAUAGACACCCCAGAGAAUGAAGUUGCUGCCAAAGAGACCAAUUUGCCCGAAAUACAACCCUUCAUUGAUGAUGAAAACCCAGCUAAUUGUACAAGGAUGGAUGUGGAGAAACCUAAGAAGAAGAGGAGGAAGAAGAAUAGCCUUAUUGUGCAGAAGAGAGAUCAUCAUAGCUACAAGCGGAAGAAAGAGACUCAAGAUGCUGGGCCGAGUCAAAGGGAGUUCAUAGACACCCCAGAGAAUGAAGUUGCUGCCAAAGAGACCAAUUUGCCCGAAAUACAACCCUUCAUUGAUGAUGAAAACCCAGCUAAUUGUACAAGGAUGGAUGUGGAGAAACCUAAGAAGAAGAGGAGGAAGAAGAAUAGCCUUAUUGUGCAGAAGAGAGAUCAUCAUAGCUACAAGCGGAAGAAAGAGACUCAAGAUGCUGGGCCGAGUCAAAGGGAGUUCAUAGACACCCCAGAGAAUGAAGUUGCUGCCAAAGAGACCAAUUUGCCCGAAAUACAACCCUUCAUUGAUGAUGAAAACCCAGCUAAUUGUACAAGGAUGGAUGUGGAGAAACCUAAGAAGAAGAGGAGGAAGAAGAAUAGCCUUAUUGUGCAGAAGAGAGAUCAUCAUAGCUACAAGCGGAAGAAAGAGACUCAAGAUGCUGGGCCGAGUCAAAGGGAGUUCAUAGACACCCCAGAGAAUGAAGUUGCUGCCAAAGAGACCAAUUUGCCCGAAAUACAACCCUUCAUUGAUGAUGAAAACCCAGCUAAUUGUACAAGGAUGGAUGUGGAGAAACCUAAGAAGAAGAGGAGGAAGAAGAAUAGCCUUAUUGUGCAGAAGAGAGAUCAUCAUAGCUACAAGCGGAAGAAAGAGACUCAAGAUGCUGGGCCGAGUCAAAGGGAGUUCAUAGACACCCCAGAGAAUGAAGUUGCUGCCAAAGAGACCAAUUUGCCCGAAAUACAACCCUUCAUUGAUGAUGAAAACCCAGCUAAUUGUACAAGGAUGGAUGUGGAGAAACCUAAGAAGAAGAGGAGGAAGAAGAAUAGCCUUAUUGUGCAGAAGAGAGAUCAUCAUAGCUACAAGCGGAAGAAAGAGACUCAAGAUGCUGGGCCGAGUCAAAGGGAGUUCAUAGACACCCCAGAGAAUGAAGUUGCUGCCAAAGAGACCAAUUUGCCCGAAAUACAACCCUUCAUUGAUGAUGAAAACCCAGCUAAUUGUACAAGGAUGGAUGUGGAGAAACCUAAGAAGAAGAGGAGGAAGAAGAAUAGCCUUAUUGUGCAGAAGAGAGAUCAUCAUAGCUACAAGCGGAAGAAAGAGACUCAAGAUGCUGGGCCGAGUCAAAGGGAGUUCAUAGACACCCCAGAGAAUGAAGUUGCUGCCAAAGAGACCAAUUUGCCCGAAAUACAACCCUUCAUUGAUGAUGAAAACCCAGCUAAUUGUACAAGGAUGGAUGUGGAGAAACCUAAGAAGAAGAGGAGGAAGAAGAAUAGCCUUAUUGUGCAGAAGAGAGAUCAUCAUAGCUACAAGCGGAAGAAAGAGACUCAAGAUGCUGGGCCGAGUCAAAGAGUUAAAGUUAUGGAUAUGAAGAAACCCAAGAAAAGGAAGAAGAGACCCCUAACAUUGCGGAAGCAAGGUCAGACAAGCUAUAAGCUGAAGAAAAAAAAUCAAGAUGCUGGACUUAGUCAAAGGGACCUCAUAGACAGCUCAGACGAUGAAAUCGCUGACAAAAAGGCCUACUUACCUGAUAGACAACAUACAAAGGAUAAUGAAAAGCUGAACUCUGCAAGUUAUGUUAUGACACCUGGUAUCAAUUUAUUGGAUGAAUGUGACACCAACGAAUAUGCCACCACCAAUGAUGAUACCAAAUAUGACAUCACCAAUGAUGACACCAUAUAUGAUAACACCAAUGAUGACACCAAAGAUGAUAUUACCAAAGAUGACAUGAUCAAAAAUGACAACAUCAAGGAUGAGCCUUCAAGCUUUGAAGAAAAUAAUUAUUAUACAACAAAUUAUGGUUCCAGCUCUUGGGUGAUAGACGACCACAGCUAUUGUGCUCCAGAUACUGAAUAUAUAAUUAAAGUUGAAGCUGGGGCAUCGCAGCCUUAUGGUCCAGAAUUUGCUACGGAGUAUUGUGAAGUGGAAGAUUUGCAAUCGCAGCCAUAUGAUCCAGAAUUCCCUCCAGACUAUUGUAAAGUAGAAGAUGUGCGAUCACAGCCAUGUGGUUCCGAAUUCCCUCCAGACUAUUCUAAAGUAGGAGAUGUGCAAUCGCAGCUAUACGUCCCAGAAUUCCCUCCAGACUAUUGUAAAGUAGAAGAUGGGCGAUCACAGCCAUAUGAUCCAGAAUUCCCUCCAGACUAUUGUAAAGUGGAAGAUGUGCGAUCACAGCCAUAUGAUCCAGAAUUCCCUCCAGACUAUUGUAAAGUGGAAGAUGUGUCAUCCCAACCAUAUGGUCCAGCUGAUUUCCCUUCUGAGGAUUAUAAUGUGGAAGAUGUGCGAUCGCAGCCAUAUGGACCAGAAUUCCCUUCUGAGCAUUGUAAUUUGGAAGAUGUGCAAUUGCAGCAAUAUGUCCCCGAAUUCUCUCCAGACAAUUCUAAAGGGGAAAAUGUGCCAUCGCAGCUUCAUGGCCCAGAAUUCACUCCAGACUUUUGUAAAGUUGUAGAGGUGUCAUCUGAGCCAUACGAUCCAGCAUUCCCUGUUGAGGAUUGCAAUGUGGAAGAUGUGCCAUUGCAGGAAUAUGGACCAGAAUUCCCUACAGAGUAUCGUGAAUUGCGUGAUGCAAUACAAAUGGACUCUUGUCCAGGACAGUAUGAAGUUAUGCGUAAGUCAGCAAUGAUUAAAUUUAUCGAACAUUAUGAAGGGGAACCAGUAAUCGGCAAGAUUUCUGUGAUGGUUUCUCCUGAUUAUUUAGUAAAGAUACGAGUUCAUGGUCAGGAGAUUCAAUCAAAUCAUAAUAUUUGGGAACAUUUUCCUCGAUAUACCUCGACAAAAGAAGCUAUUUUCAAAGUUUUACUGGAACUAUCUCAAUUAAAUGUUUGUUGCGGAAAUCCAGAAACUGAGUUUACCAAACAUAUACCACCUAGAGUAGGAUUAGGUGAAAGCACAGAUAGGGAUAACCAGGAAUACAUUGCUUAUCUUGAGACUGGAUUUCAUACAAACUGCAUCCGCUCAAAAAAAUGUGAUCUUCUUAUUAGGAAUACACUCGGAAGUCGGGCGUUACGAUGUCGCUGGUGCCAAAUGUAUAGAAGCACUUUACGAAAAAGAAAAUGGAGGGAGGAAAACAAACCUUAUACUCCUUCCAAAUUUACCAACAAUCAGAAACUCAGCCAUAUUGACCUUGUCAAAAAGGCUUCCAAGCCUCAUACAGAAAAAACUAUUUUGAAAAGGGAGGUGGAGAUAUUAAAGAAAAAGUUAGAGAAAGUUAAAAGACAGGCGAAAGGAGAAAACAUUUCUGAGCUGCUACAACUCACGGAAGAUUCUGGGAAUGAGAUAAAUGAAAAACUAGAUCCUGACUCUUAA